AUGCCUGCCUAUGCUAAAUUCAUGAAGGAGCUGUUAUCUAAGAAAAGAAAGCUUGAGAAUGAUAAAACAGUCCCUUUAACUAAAGAAUGCAGUGCUAUUUUACAAAGGAACCUCCCUCAAAAAUUAAAGAAUCCAGGUUCUUUUAGCAUUCCAUGUUCUAUUGGAAAUUGCACUGUGGGGAAAGCUUUAUGUGAUCUUGGGGCCAUCAUUAAUCUCAUGCCUUUUGCUAUCAUGAAGAGACUUGGAAUAGAAGAAGUCAAGCCUACUAGCAUAACAUUACAAUUUGCAGACAGAUCUUAUACAUAUCCCUAUGGUGUUGUAGAGGAUUUACCAUUCUUAGCUACAGGGAGAACUUUAAUUGAUGUUCAAAAGGGAGAACUUAUGUUGAGAGUGCAAGAUGAAAAGGUUAUUUUUAAUGUAUUUGAGGCACUCAAACAUCCCAAUGAUGAUGUUACUUGUAUGAGGGUUGAUAUUCAAGAUUCUAUUACUUUCCCUCAUUUUAUUGAUAAUGCUGAUGAAAUCUCAUUGUUAAAGGAAACAAUAGUUGUAGGGAAUCAUUCUGCUGCUGUAAAAAAAGAAGAACAAUUGAGAGAAUAUGUGCAGUAG